AUGCCGGUGGCUCAGAAUACUUUGAAGGCCACCCAGUCUGCUAGCGCCUUGAAAGCUGCGGCAUGCGCCACCUUGAACGAUACAGGCUAUGUCAACAAUGCCACCAUGAAACUUUCGCCACAAGGAAACAGAACCAUUCUGCCCAACAAGAAUGUCACGACUCUCAAGCCCAUCGAGACCGUUUGGGAUGAAGAGCACGAUGACCAGAAGAUGCAUGAGCAGAAAAGGAAGCUCCGGUCGAUGGCGAGUCGUUUGGAACGGAUGGCAGGCGUCUUUGAAGAAGAGACACGAGCUCGGCAAGAGCAACGCCGGCUCAUGGACGAACUGCAUGGAGAGCAGAUGCAACGGAUCGAUGAGAUCGAGGAAGAGUUGGAUCAAGCAAUGGCCGAGUUGAAGGCCUACAUUGACGAGUUCAUGCGGAAGUUUAGACAGGAACUCGACGACACCUUCACAGCGCUUUUCAGUGAGCUGCAGGUGCAGGUGGAGCUGAUCACUCCGCGCAUUGCCGCGAUUGAGGCGCGCGGCCGUGUGUUGCGCAAUGGCAUCGAUGAGGAGAAGCAGGAUCGCAUCCGGCACUACGCUGAAAUCCUGGUCCCAGUGAAGGUCAACAUCACGAUUGGACGAGACCCCUACCAUGAAGCAUUUGGCUUCGAGAACAAUGCCAUGGCCACAAGUCAAGAGGAGAUGUGUCGGUACUUCCUACCUAUCCUCAGAGAGAAGGGCACUCGCGUGAAAAAAAAUGGCAUGCGACUGGCGAGGCCAGCGCGGCCAGAUGAGGAGGUGCUGACCAUUGUCAACGGAGAGGUGGUGGCCAGGUCCAAGGCUACGGAGUCUGGUAGCAUGGUCAUUCGUCAGGAGUCAGCCGACCACGAGUUCUACUUGUUGGGCCCCGAGAAAUUCGCCAAGAAUUACGACCUGCCGGGCAUUGACAUCACUGAAGCGGGGGCCAGCUUCGAUCAGCUGCGCCAGCGGAACUUCAAGUACUUCCGCCGGAAAGGAGAACUCCUCCUCUACCAGGUCACCGAAGAAGACAUGACCUUUGUCCCCACAGGAAAAUUUGAGGUCGCCUUUAGUACGUCCCCGGUGCCGUUGUGCUCAGGAGACUACCUGGUCACUGCCUUACCCCUGCUUUCAGAAGUUUGGGUCAGUAAGCACUCGGUGAUCUACGAAGACGGCGGCCUGGGGCCUCAGCCUUCAAGUGUGACCUGCGAAUGA